CCUUUGUGCUGACACCCCAUUCAGGGUGACCCAGCACUUCAGGGAGGAUGCCGCCGGCCAUUGGGAGUGGAAGUGACGUCCGAGCGCUAUAAAAGCCACUGACCUUGGGGAACCAGCUUCUCCAAGGGUCUUCUUAGCUGAGCAGGGACCAAGCACCUGGGCAGGAUGAGACUACUUUGGCUGUCUGCCAUGGGGCUUGCCUUUCUCUGCCUUCCCGCUGCCGCCUCUGAUGAGGUCAAGCAAUGCAGUCGUGAGCAGCUUCUAGGGAAUUGGUACGUCCAUGGCAUAGCAUCCAACUGUGAAUGGAUGGUGCAGUUUGCGGCUAAGGAGAUGAUGAGCUGCAACAUAACCAGCCAGGAGGAGGGAAGCUUCACGAUCGCCACCAACUUCAUGACGGACUAUGGGCCCAUGGAUGUGGAGAUGACCUACACGAAACAGAAGGACGGGACAUACUUGUACAAAAGCGCAUGGGGUGACAAAAUCUUAGACAAGAGGAAGACGGAUUGCAAGACCUACGCCAUCACCAGUAUCAGAGACCUGGAUGAGAACAAUGGCAAAUUCUGCACGUUUGUGUCACUCUAUGGCAGGGAGAUGUCUGUGCCCCAAUCCCUGAAGCAGUCCUUCAUAGACUUUGCUAUGGACCUGCAGAUAGACAGAGAGCAGAUAUUCCUCUUGGCCAGGAAAGAUGCCGCUACAAAAUCCGCCUAGCCAAGUCCGACGGGGAAGACCUUAAUUCCAGAGGGACUGUUUCCAGGGUGAGCACCCUGGCUGGGGACGCCACUGUCCUCGCCCCAGAUCUGGAUCCCUUUGUCAGUGCGUGGCAAUAACAGAUGGGGGGCUGGGACACCCAGAAGACCCCUCCAGAGGGGCUCCCUCUCGGCUCCUGUGCUGCUUUCCCCGGAACGACCAGCGCAGAAGCACCAGAAACUCCACUGCAACAGCCACUCUGUGCAAUUUUGUCUUCGCUAAAACAUAAACAUCCCUGAUGCUCUCUAAAUAAAUAGAUUCAG